AUGAAAGAGGCUAUAUGGGCUACCUAUUAUCACUAUAGCUCUACAGAUACAAAACCUCAGCACGAUAACUGCCCAAAAGGUCCAGACUCUUGGUGCGCUUGGCAACGAGCAUCAGCUACAAAUACUCUUUCAUCAUUUAAACAUGAGUAUACUCCAUUACCAGAUGAAGUUUUGAUUGCUAUGAAACCAAUAUAUGAUGAUCUCAGUAAGGAUGAGCUUCUUGAACGGUGUGUUGGUAGUUUCACACAAAAUAACAACGAGAGCUUCAACCAGUUGAUCUGGAAAAUUACUCCAAAAAUACUUCCUGCUGGUUCAAAGAUUGUUAAUAUUGCGGCAUUGGUCGCUGCUUGUAUCUUCAAUGAAGGAACAUCAGCUUUAUUAUUGAUUAUGCACGGUAUGGAUUUAAAAUUAGGCCGAAACUCCCACGAAUAUGCCCGAAUUUCGGAUGAAAACCGUGUAUGCGCAGCCGAAAAAAAAUCUGCGAGCGAGACUCGCGAAGCCAGAAUCCGUCAUCGACAGGAGCAAAAGGAUGCCCUGGACAUUGCAACUGCUGCAGGAUCUUUACUUUAUGGCCCAGGAAUCGACGAUUCACUAUGAUUUUGUCAGGAGUUAUGCUGACAACGCAGACGCAGCUUUUUUCCGAGGGGUCACCGGA